AAGCACGUGGUACAGAAAAAUCUAAUCUUCUGCAGAUCAAUCCUAUGCCGAGCAGUCUCCGAUCUCGUAUAUAGUUUAAGAUAACGAAAGAAGAGCAAGAAAAAGCAAGACGUAAGAAAACCUUUGAUCUAACGAUCUUCCAUUCAGUCAAGUUCAUCCUCGCUACACGACAUGAGCAUCACGAAUUCUAAUCAAGGGGUCCCGGUCUUACUCAAAAGAUACUGGAUUCUGUUGAUGAUCUCUGAAUAUUUUUCACUCGUUAAUUUGGCACCAAUUCUCGCCGAUAAGGACACAGCAACUGAUCAUCUUUAUCCGCCUGUGCUCGCGUUUAAGUUCAUGAAGAAGUUUGGUUACCUGGAAGCAGGCACCCCCGAUUCGGAAGCUCUUUAUACAGUCGAUGCAGUAGUGGAUGCCCUUAAGAAUGUUCAAUAUUUUGGAAAUAUACCAAUCACCGGUGUCUUCGACAAUACGACAUUGAAGCUCAUGGAGUCGCCACGCUGCGGAGUAGCAGAUGUUGUACGACAUAAAGAGUCACGAACGAAAAGAUACAUUAUCGGUGCCAAUGGCUGGAAUAAGAGAGACAUAACAUACUUCAUCGCGAACUGGACGCCAAAAUUGAGCGAGGAAGCUGUUUCCGAAGAGCUUGCCAGAGCUUUUCAUGCCUGGAGUGGAUACGCUCGUUUGAAAUUUCGUCAAGUCUAUGAUCCAACUGCUGAUAUCAUCGUUGCCUUCGGAAGAGGUCCACACGGUGAUGGUUAUCCAUUCGAUGGCAACGGAAAUGUCCUGGCGCACGCAUUCUUCCCGUACGAGAUGGGAUCUUACGGCGGCGACAUUCACUUCGACGAUGACGAGAAUUGGAAAAUGAGACCUUCCGAUCCUUAUGACGGAACAGACUUCUUCUCGGUUGCCGUACACGAACUUGGACACAGCUUGGGACUCUCGCAUUCCCCAGUUCCGACCUCUAUAAUGUUUCCAUAUUACCAGGGUUACACGUCCAACUUCCAACUGAGCUAUGACGACAUCCUUGGGAUGUACCAGCUUUACAUAACCAGAACAUUGGAAGGGGAUCAGCAGUCUGAGUCUGUUACGGAUAAUGGGGAGACGGAAACGGAAACUGAGGAUUCAUCGACUAGAUAUGAAGAGACCACUGAGUCAGGGAAAACAUUUGAUACUACUGACUCGGUUCCGGUUACUACUGACUCAGGUCAGGAGACUAUUAAUUCUCAGAGUACUACCACUGCCACCUGGACCAGCGAAGAGACAAGUACUACCAGGUACGACAGAUCCACCGAGGGUUAUCUAGGUGUCACUUUCACCGGGGACUAUGAAACCGUUGAUGAGCAUCGUCGUCAUGAAAAUCGUAGUGAUAGUAAUAGUAUUCCUGAUCUGGUGAAUUCAAGCGUUCCUGAUAUUUGUCAAGGAAGCUACGACGCCAUAACUGUCCUCAGGGAUGAACUCUUCAUCUUCAAGGGUGAAUUUGUGUGGCGUUUGUUGAAGCGUGGAAAAAUUGAUAAUAGUUAUCCCGUCAAAUUUCAUCAACUCUUCUACGAUUUACCGGAAGACAUCACUCGCAUAGACGCUGCUUACGAGAGACAGAGCGACGCUAAUAUCAUAUUGUUUACUGGAAAUAGAUACUGGGUGUAUAAUGGAGAUAAGUUUGUUGACGGCAGCCCCAGACCUUUGACUGAUUAUGGAAUCUCACCUGAUGUUGACAAGAUAGAUGCCGUUCAGGUGUGGAAUAAGAACAAAAAGGUUUAUCUUUACAGACACAACCAGUUCUGGAGGUUCAAUGAGACUUCGAGAACUCUUGAUCCUGGAUAUCCACAUAAUAUGAGAAGAUGGCGAGGUGUACCUCCGAAUAUCGACGCAGCCAUGACCUGGAUUGACGGUAAUAUAUUUUAAUCAAUACGUUAAUGAAAUCAUUCAAUUGUUUUACUGAUUGCAGGAAAGACAUAUUUCUUUAAGGAUAAGCUGUUUUGGAAAUUCGAUAAUUUUUUUGUUAAGACGGACAACAGGUAUCCCCUGCCAGCUCCGCAGUAUUGGUUCGGCUGUCCAGAACAGCUGGAUACAAUUUGGUGGUUAUAAAUCGUAAGACUUAUACAUUACUUUAAGACCUCCACAUAAGUAAUAAUGUAGCGUAUAUCGUGUAAUUCCAAAAAGUAUCAAAACGUAGCCAUAAGUCAUAAGAAUAAUUUGUACUUUUGUAACGGACAUUAAGAAAAGUGUGAAACAUGAAGACAAUCAGUGA